CUGUCUGUUCUAGGGCUUUUGACGCCAUGCCGGGCGGCGCACUUCCCCGGGGGCCCCCCACGGCCCCACAGUCGCGGCAGCUCGGGCAGCUCUGCAGAAGCGCCCCCCACCGCGGAGGCCGAGGCCGACUCCUUUCUCCAGUGGUUCCUGCUGCUCAUUCCGGCCACUGCCUUCGGCCUGGGCACCUGGCAGGUCCAGCGUCGGAAGUGGAAGCUGGGGCUGAUUGCAGAGCUGGAGUCUAGGAUUAUGGCUGAGCCCAUCCCUCUGCCCGCAGACCCGAUGGAGCUGAGAAACCUAGAGUACAGGCCAGUGAGAGUCCGGGGGCACUUUGACCACUCCAAGGAACUGUACAUGAUGCCUCGGACCAGGGUGGACCCAGCGCGGGAGGCGCGGGAGGCCGGCCGGCUCUCCUCCUCGGCAGAGACUGGUGCCUAUGUGGUCACCCCCUUCCACUGCACCGACUUGGGAGUCACCAUCCUGGUCAACAGAGGAUUCGUCCCCAGGAAGAAAGUGAACCCUGAAACUCGGCAGAAAGGCCAGAUCCAGGGCGAUGUGGACCUCGUUGGCACAGUGCGGUUGACAGAAACCAGGAAACCCUUUAUCCCGGAGAACAACCCAGAGAGGAACCACUGGCAUUAUCGGGACCUGGAAGCCAUGGCCAGGCUCACAGGCGCAGACCCCAUUUUCAUCGACGCAGACUUCAGGAGCACGGUCCCUGGAGGCCCGGUCGGGGGGCAGACCAGAGUGACCCUGAGGAAUGAGCACAUGCAGUACAUCCUGACCUGGUAUGGACUCUGCGCAGCCACAUCCUACCUGUGGUGUAAGAAAUUCCUCCGCUGGACCCCGGGCGUGAUGAGAUGAGCUCAACUGGCCCUCCCCCGAGUCCUGCGGGAUCCCUUGGGUACACUUCGGGAGUGUUCCGUGCUGGACCACACUGCUGGUGUUAAUAAAUGAAUCUUCAUACUCCACGUGCUUGUUCUGCCUGUCUC